AUGUUCACCAACUCAGUCAGACAGAAAGCGUUACGCACUGCAAUUACUGCAAAAAGAUUCAACUCCUCACACGGACAUCACAAUGUUGAAAAGAAACCAAUUGAAAUCACAUUUGCAAAGAUAUUAGCUGUCGUGUCACUAGUGGGUGGAUGGGCACUCUAUAAGAACAAGGACAAUACAGAGUCUACCCUUUUCAAGUCUGGUCUUUUUGACCAAGAAACAAAUGGGAAGCGUGAUCAUUUGAGAGAAGAAGGAUACGAAAGCCGCUACAAAUUGGGUUUCAUCAAAACUUACAUCGCAGAUAAUGGUGGAUCUGGGUUUGGUAAUACUGCUUAUAGAAGAGGAAGUGGAGAGGAUGUUACAAAUACAAAUUUGAUUGCUGCUCACUCGCCUUGGGGACCACAAUUUGGUGCUGGUAUCAAACUUGACAAGUUGGGUGAGAGAAGGGAAAGAAUAGAGAGGUUUGCUCCACUUAAGUAA